AUGAUAAUUUUCCGAACCCGACUUCAGCCAAACUCGAACGGAUCUACCGGCCCCGCGAACCAAAUAGCCGCCAUGGCGAGUGUAGCAACUCCAGCGCCGCCAGAAUUCAACGUCGGAAUGAACACUUCUGAAUCCGACAAUAGCCAGACUGAGGGAUCGCCGAUGGAGGAUCUUUCUGACUUGAAACAGACCUUGAAGACGACCGCCAAAACCCCUGAACAAACUAAUCGGAGAGGCAAGCGAAAGCAAGACACGCCCCAGGAAAACCGGAGGACAAAGAACUCGCAGGCGAGCCAGAAGCCGAUCGAUAGCUAUUUUGCUUCGAGCAACGAUGUGUCAAGAACUCCCAGGCGUGGAACCGAUAAUGGAGUUGCAAGGAGCUUGCUGAUGUCUUCGAACAAGGAUGAGUCGAACGACAAUUCUGGAAUCACACCUUUAGAGCCGACUACUCCGACAAGUUCAAGGCCGAAAAGAGCUCGACCCUCCCCUACUAAUCGCUCGACCGACUGCCAAACGGACAUGACGUUGAGUCAACUAGAAUUACUUGAAGCUGGACAGGUGCAAAAAGCAAACGCGGAAAAGGACGUAAUGUUCCGUCAAAAUAUGCGACUAGAGAUGGAACUGAAACAGGCAAAGGACCUGGCGAGCUCGUUUCAAGACAAGUUUACCCGAUGCAUCAAUCUGACGAAGAACAUGCUCAUAGAAAAGUGCAACCACGAGAAGCGCGAGGCACGAAGGAAAUCGAUGGAGGAUCGCAUUCGUCUCGGCGAGUGGAGCAGCUCUUACAGCGCCAGAGAUAGUGAAAAAUGGCUGAACGGACAAGCAUUCAUCGCCUUGGAAGAUCGCGAGAUUCAGCUUGAAAUGGUGAAAAAGAACAUUGAAAUGGAGCGAAAGCUGCUGAGUCGCCGGCGCCCACCAUCGACGACAUCUUCUGGGAGCAGCCGUCAGCGCGAGAACGCCCUUUCGCUAGACGAGUACAACAUGCAGGACAUGAUACUCAAGAACAGAUCCAAGGCGCUCAAGGAGGACGAGGCGGAAAUCAACUACGACAGGGACAAGCUCCAUCGUGAACGAAGCUUGCACAUUCGCGAAAUGAAGCGAAUUAUCAACGAAGAUAAUUCGAAAUACUCGACGAAUGUUGAGCUCCACAACCGCUACCUGCUCCUCAAUCUGCUAGGCAAAGGAGGCUUCUCAGAAGUCUACAAAGCCUACGAUUUCGAAGCGCAGAAGUUCGUCGCCAUAAAGAUUCAUCAGCUGAACCAGUAUUGGACCGAUCAGAAGAAAACUGAUUACCAGCGACACGCUCAUCGAGAAGCUGAGAUUCAAAAAAUUAUUAAUCAUUCCAAAAUUGUCCGACUGUACGAUAGAUUUGAAGUCGACAUUAACACAUUUUGCACAGUGUUGGAAUACUGCGAAGGAAACGACUUGGACAUCUAUUUGAAGCAGCAUUCGAAGAUUUCGGAGCAGGAGGCGAAAUCUGUGAUCAUGCAGAUAGUCCAAGCCCUCAAGUACUUGAAUGAGCUCGAGCACCCCGUCAUUCAUUAUGACCUCAAGCCAGGAAAUGUCCUUCUUGCUGACGGUUCUGUUUGCGGAAACAUCAAAAUCACUGAUUUUGGUCUUUCCAAGCAAAUCCUCGACGGGGACCAACAAGAUGGCGGAAUCGAGCUGACUUCCCAGGGCGCCGGAACCUACUGGUAUCUGCCGCCAGAGUGCUUUUCCAGACCAAAUGGCGGUCCGCCAAUCAUUGACAAUCGCGUUGAUGUUUGGUCGAUUGGCGUGAUUUUCUACCAAUGUAUUUAUGGAAAAAAGCCCUUCGGCCACAACCAAAGCCAGCAACAAAUUCUGGAAAACAAAACUAUCGUAAACGCGACGGAAGUGAAUUUCCCACCGAAGCCGUCGCUGAGCCAGGACGCGAAGGACUUCAUCCGCUCGUGCCUGAUCUACCGCAAGGAAGACCGCGCCGACAUCUUCGCUCUCGCCAGUCACCACUAUUUCAAGGUGCCUAACCGCCGACCAGCCGUUCCGCGCAAUCCGCCAGGGAUCUUCAACGAAAAUUCAAACUGA